UACGCGCGCUUUUACGGAGGCGAGGAACGCGGAGUUUCGGUCUACGAAUGAUUAACCGCGGAACGUGACGCGCGCCGCCCUGCACGCGCUUCUCCGGCGGCGCGAUGAAGGAGCUCGCGCAGCAUCACCGGGGGUGGGGUGUGUUCCGUCGUCCCUGGCAACCGGGCAGAAAUCAAAGCCCGAGGCUCGCGCUGGGCUGGGUCUGUCCGCCGCGCCAGGUGCGAUCUCGGGUGUUCUCGUGGGAACUCCCUCCGGAGGCUCUUCCUGCGGUGCGCCUCCACGCAUCCAGCGCCCCGGGAUAUAAUGGAGGAGUCCCGCGCGUGACACUCGCGUUUGGGACGGACUUCACCCGCCUCGUGUCCCGGUGAAACUUGUCCGAGGAGCUGGCGCGCGGAGCAAGCGGAGCUCGCACAGAAAUGCUCGGGUUUUCUCCAGUUCUGGCUCGUCGAGGGUUUCUCCUUCUCCUCCUCGUGUGUCUCGUCUCGUUGCCCCGUUUGCAGGGUGCUGGUUCGCGCAAGCAGCCACCUGGUAUUGAGAUAUUAGUUUCCGGACAGUCCAACGCUGUAACCCAGAAAGUUCUCACGACAGAUGGCAGAGAGUGCAGGUUUCCUUUUCGCUUCGGCGGGGUGAUUUAUCACCGGUGUAUCUCCAUGAACUCUCACACGGCCUGGUGCUCUCUCACACAUAACUUUGACCGAGACCAGGCGUGGGGAUUCUGCAGUUCACGAGCACGCCUCUUCAGCGGUUUUCUUCCUUCACGUCGCGGGCCGAGUCUCUGUCAGCAGAACCCGUGCUUGAACGGCGGUGUUUGUGCGACGGCUGCCCACCUGAACUCCUUCGACUGCGUGUGUCCGGACGGAUUCGCCGGAGCUCUGUGUGAAACCAAGAAGUGCUACGAGCCGCUGCAUCUGAAGUACUACGACACCGGAGACUCGUGGGGACGGAUCUACCUGCGCUCCGUAGAGCUGUGCACGUGCCUCGGCGGAGGGGUGAGCUGCGAGCGUGCACGUUACACGGCAUGUUUGAGGAAUCUCUGUGAAAAUGACGGGGUCUGUAGGAUGAUUGAACACACUGGUGAAGAGGUGUGUGGAUGUACAUCUGGAUAUACUGGACGAUACUGUGACAUCAAGCCGGGCGAGCAGUGUUACGCCGUCUCGGGCGCUCAGUACCGCGGUGUGCUGAACGUCACGGCCUCGGGCUCGUCUUGUCUGCCGUGGAACUCAGAUCUGCUUCACACUGAGCUGAGUCUGGAGACGGUGGAGAGCGCCGCCCGCCGGGGCCUCGGGGAACACGCCUUCUGCAGGAGUCCUGAUGAAGAUGAGCUGCCGUGGUGUUACACGAUGGCGGAGCGGGUCGUUUCGUGGGAGUACUGCGACGUCAAGCCCUGCUCCAAACCAGCGACGGGCCGCAGGGGUCCCGUGGCCCCGAGGCCGUCCCGCAGUCCCACGAGGCCCCCGGCGUGCGGGAAGAGGCACGAGAAGCGCGUCAGUCGAGGGCGUAUCCUGGGCGGGACGUCUGCGCUGCCCGGAGCUCACCCCUGGAUGGCAGCGCUGUACAUCGGAGAUGAGUUCUGCGCAGGAACGCUGGUCUCUUCCUGCUGGAUCGUGUCGGCCGCUCACUGUUUCCUGCGCAAUCCGUUGAAGUCACAGAUUCGGGUCGUCCUCGGCCAGCACUCCUUUAACGACACCGGUCCCAACACCAGGACCUUCUCUGUUCAGCAGUAUAUUUUAUAUCCGAGUUACACACAGUUUGAGCCGACCUUAAACGACAUCGCUUUACUGAAGCUGAAGAAGGUUGGUGGACGCUGCGCUCCGAAAACACCCUUCGUCAGGCCCAUCUGUCUGCCGGGGAAACACAUGACGUUUCCUGAUCACUCCUGCUGUAAGAUCUCCGGCUGGGGUCACAUGCACGAGAAGGCAAACUCGUACUCUCACCUGAUGGAGGGAGCGGUGAAGAUCAUCCCGUUCGAUCGCUGCUCAUCUCCAGACGUCUACGGGUCGGAGGUCAGGUCAGGGAUGCUGUGCGCCGGAAGCGAGUCCUGUGUGGACGCCUGUCAGGGGGACUCGGGCGGGCCGUUAGCGUGCGAGUGUGACGGCGUGAGUUUCCUCUACGGGAUCAUCAGCUGGGGAGACGGAUGCGGCCGCUCGGGGAAACCCGGCGUUUACACCCUCGUGCCCAAAUAUUCCGACUGGAUCAACGGCGUCAUCAACAAAUCCAGAAAGACAUCCCAGAAAACAUCAGUGAACGGAACAACAGUGAACAUCUGCGUCGGUAGUCACUGCCAAAGAUAAAACUACUGUGACUUUACUAUUUAUGUGUUCAUUUUGAUUGCUGUGAAAUAAAUUGAUUUAUUCUUU